GCCAAUCCGAAUGGAUCACAAACAAUUUAAACCCUCUCUAAAAAUUUCUCUACAAAUCAUCAAUCGAAGAUGGGUAACACUGAGAAAUUGAUGAAUCAGAUCAUGGAUCUGAAAUUCACCUCGAAGAGCCUCCAGCGGCAGGCUCGCAAGUGCGAAAAGGAUGAAAAAUCCGAGAAAUUGAAGGUCAAAAAGGCUAUCGAAAAAGGUAACAUGGACGGCGCCAGAAUCUACGCCGAAAACGCAAUUAGGAAACGUAACGAGCAGAUGAACUACCUCCGGCUGUCCUCCCGGCUCGACGCCGUGGUGGCACGGCUCGACACUCAAGCCAAGAUGACUACGAUCAGCAAGUCUAUGGGUAAUAUCGUCAAAUCGCUCGAGUCCUCCCUUGCUACCGGCAAUUUGCAGAAGAUGUCCGAAACUAUGGACCGAUUUGAACAGCAGUUUGUGAAUAUGGAGGUGCAGGCCGAGUUCAUGGAGAGCUCGAUGGCUGGAAGUACUUCGCUUUCGACUCCAGAAGGUGAGGUUAAUAGUCUUAUGCAACAGGUGGCCGAUGAUUACGGGCUCGAGGUGUCCGUUGGCCUGCCACAGCCUGCUGCUCAUGCCAUUGCGACUAAAAAUGAAGAAAAGGUGGACGAGGAUGAUCUUUCGAGGCGCCUUGCAGAGCUCAAGGCCCGCGGGUAAAAUUUGGAUAUAUUAUGAAAUUUGGGGGAGAGUUUGGUAUUAUUACUUUUUGGAGCCCUAGACUCCUGAUUGCUGCUAAUAUAUCAUAUAAUGAUAGAUUUAAUGCUUGGAUUAUAUUCUCUAUUGCAUUGGGCAAGGUUUUAUUGUGUAAAUUUGACUACAUUGUGAUUGCGGAUAUGUGUGUUUAUGCCUUAGUAUUCCUUCUGCUUUUGUAUUUUGUGUUAUCAAACGUGUUACACAAUCGACAGCAGAACACUUCUCUAUUUUGA